ACUUGAAAGUCUAUCAUGUUUGUAGCUGAUAGUUUGAUUAUUAGAAUGAAUAAUCACAAAGCUAGAUAUUGACAGCAAUCAACUAGUAGCAGUCAAUGAAUUUGUACAUUUAUUCUAUUUGUUGUCCGGUCCUUCAUGUAAUUACUUGAUGAGCUUCAAAGUAUGAUUCUUUUCAUGUUUAAUGAUGCAUUUUUCGUGAUUUAGACUUAUCUUUGCCAUGUGUAUGGUUGCAGGAGCAAGCUAGAAAAGCAUUAGAAGUGCAAUGAUUCUUUUCAUGUUUAAUGAUGCAUUUUCCUGAUUUAGACUUAUCUUUGCCAUGUGUACGGUUGCAGGAACAAGCUGGAAAAGCAUUAGAAAGUGCACUUGGCGGAAAGAAAAAUGAAUUUGAGAAGUGGAGCAAAGAAAUUAAAAGAAGAGAGGAAGCAGGUGGUGGAGGUUGGUUUGGAUGGGGUGGAAGAUUCGGUUGGUAUAAUGGUGACUAUUUUUGGCAAGAAGCUCAACAAUCAAGUCUAGCCGUUCUGGGUAUUAUUGUCAUGUAUCUUAUAAUUGCAAAGGGCGAAGUGUUGCUGGCUGUCAUCUUCAAUCCAUUGCUUUAUGCUUUGCGAGGAACAAGAGAUGGUUUCACCUAUGUAACAUCAAGAAUCCAGGGAAAUAGAUAUGCAGAUGUUCCUACUGAUUCUAAUAUGUUUAAGAAGGAAGCAUAUAGUCAUGUUUCUGCUGAAAGUGUUUCGAAAAAAUGGGGAAGCAAUUGAAAUUUUCUUACAGGUUUGGACAUCACCUCAUUGUUCAUGUCACUUGUGUGGCGAUGGUUAUUGCAUUUGAAUUUUAGUAUCCAGAAAUACCUUUUGUGAAACUUAACGAAUGGGAUGGAAGUCGAAAUGUUUAUAAGAAUUUAUGCGUUUCUUCUCUUUACUGAAUUCACUGGAUUUCUGAAAUUUAAACUCUUCAGUCACAGGUUUUUGAAGAUCAGUUUUACCUUCCUAUCAGCACUUUAAAAAACAUUGAAAUGGGCUCAGAAUUCUCCUCUUAGUUUCUGUCCACCUUCUGUA